GAGAGAGAGAGAGAGAGAGAGAGAGAGAGAGAGAGAGAGAGAGAGAGAGAGAGAGAAAGAGAGAGAGAGAAGAGAUGGAGAGAGCAGUAUUUGGAAAGUCAGAGAAAAGCUGAGAGUGGCAGAAGAAAGUUGACACGGUGUGAGAUGCACUGCAGCCGCAAUAAGGAUUAAUGAAAGAGCUGCUGUGUGUGAAGGAGGAGACAGCGAGGCGCGCAGGAUGCAAGAGGAGAUGCUGUGCAGGGGGGAAGGAGUGUCUUUGACAAAGCGUGCACAUCACCGCUGCCAGGCUGCACAGGUGUAACAGGGGCGAUCCUCAUGCACUCACAGCCGCAUCAGCACAGCUCGACUGAGGGAUGCCGACAAGUUUGGCCCCUAAUCUGUGACUCAACGCUGGCGUCCCCUCUCACACGCAGACACGUGUAGUAGGAUACAUGCAGUCCGUUCAUAUAGAGACACAAAUACAGCGCGCAUACUCCCACUUUCUGCACAUGCCCACGCUAACAGCAGGCAAAAGAAGGCGCUAGCGGUGUGUAGAGGCGGUCAUUCCAGUUGGAUGGUUCAAACUGGGAUUCUGGAUUCCCCCGUUUCUCAUCACAGGGACAGGACAGCCGGACAGGACGGAGGAGAACCAAUUCAAAGACAUCAUCGUCCUCAUCGGAGAAGUGGAUAGCGAGCCACCCCAGCACCUCGUCUGUCCUGAGCCAAACCCUCUUAAGGUGGACGGGCUGCAUUAAAAUUACAUGUCCCAAAGGAGCGCUGCUACAGCAGGCAGCAAAUCCACAACACAUAAAUCAAAAGCAGACGACUUUGAUUUCUUCAUUAUCGCUUCCUGCUGCAACAACAGAGGAGCGGGCAUGUUGACAGGCCUGCUGACCUGCGGAUGUGCACCGUAGGAUUCUAUUUCUGGAGCCUCGUUGCUUUUACAGAUUAACUGCCCUCAAAUAUGGCCCCAAUCCGUUCAUUGCGCCACUAGUUUGACUGCUGCCUGAGGUUGUGCAUAUUCAAGCUUCAAAACACCCCACUGUGCAUCAGUCCAGCCAUCUGAGGGGACGCUGCCUUUGGCCUGUUUUUGAAAGCAGUGUCACUGCACUUUUGUCAGACUCUUGCAGAGGAGCAAACAAAAAGAACCACAUGCCAUCACAACUUGAAAAUCUUUCUUGUUAGUCUCCACACAAUCAUUUCUCAACUUACGUCAUUGCUCAUUUCCAUCCAAAGUUGUUGAAGGGAAAGAUUGACAUCCAGAGCUUUCAAACUAAUACUGUGACACCGGGCUUAGAUCAAGACUUAAUAUUUUAUUGCGAGAGACAUUUUCCAUGAGUUCCCGAGGGCAAUCACGCUGACAUCCCAUUGCCCACUGUUUUCAUUGGCCUGUCUGGGGCUAAUCAAGGAUUUCCAUCAUCAGAAUUGACAUUUUCAUAUUGUAUGAGAGAGAAAGUAGCAGACAUUAGCAUAUUCAUGAACACUGACACAUUCAAUCAUGUGAAAUGGAAGACAUGGGGCAAACCCUGAGCCAUCAAGCCCUGAAACAAAUAGCUUAUGACAUGUGAGGAAAAGAGAUUCCUGAAUCCACCGUCACGACUUCAGCGCCACAUCCCUCUGCACACAGCAGCAGGCCAUCACUGGCACAUUACGGUAUUUCACUCGAUUAUAAACCUGGCAUGUGUUGUUGGCCUCUGGAUCAAGGCCUAUGAUAAGACAAAAAUUAAAGAAUAGGAUUAAAGAUGGAUUAUCAGUGAAACACUAAAACCAGCAAAGCAGCUGCCUUUGCGUAAGCCCAUCGGACGCUCUUCAGGGAGACGCACUGCAGACCGAUUUGUAGAUUACAUUUGGUUGUUGAUGUGGUGGCCUCUUGUGUGGUUGGUAUUAAAAGAGAGGGAGAAUGGAGAAUCUAGAUGAGCUGGAGCACCCUCUUCUGGGAGAAAACCCCAACAACAGCCGGGCGUUGGGGCCGGGGCCGGGGCCCGGGACUGGACAGGCUCCAGGCGGAUUGUUCAAGGGCAUCUUGGUGAAGUGUGAGGAGGACAGGGCUUACCCCCCCUUAGCAUGGAGGAGCUAUUGUGGACAUCCUCCUGAGCUUCAGCAGCAGCAGCUACUGGACCCUUGCUCCUUGCCUCGCACACUGGAGUCCUUUUACCCGCCGGCCCCCAUCUGGGGCCACACAGACUCCCUGCUCAGCAAAGACUACCUGGAGACCACCUUUGUCGACGUUCGGCCCGGCUCCACGCUGGAGAGGAAGCUGCUGGCUGAGACGCAGGACUUCCACAGUGUGUCCUACAGCAUGGAUGAUGAGGACGACCUGCUCCCGGACUCGGACGACUCGUCCAUUGAUGACUUCAGUGAUACAGACAGCGAGAGCAACUUCCCUCUGAUGAUCCCCCAGGACUACCUGGGUCUGGCCUUUUUCUCCAUGCUCUGCUGCUUCUGGCCCCUGGGCAUCGCUGCCUUCUACCUUUCACAGAAGACCAACAAGGCGUCAGCUCAGGGGGAUUUUCAGGGGGCCAACGCAGCGUCUCGCCAGGCUCUGUGGCUCUCAGUGCUCUCCAUUGUGUUUGGAAUCAUAACGUACAUCUGUGCCAUCGCCGCGUUGAUUUCCUACCUGUCCGGGAAACCGCCAUAAAAACGGCUCUUGCACGAGGGAAUGCACAUAGAAGAAACAGACCUCUUACACACAUCUCAUUAAUAUCCACACACGCCAACGUAUCACCUGCAAAUGUAAAGUAAUCACAGUCUUUGUCUGUCAACCCCGUCUGCAGUCAUGUUUUAUCUACACCGAGAUGGAAAAAGCCAAGAACAGACAUAAUGAUACAACAGGAGAGCUGGAGUCUCCAUCAUAAUCACUCCUAAUUGGAUUAGGGCAUAAUUCAGCUCAGAGGAUGUGAAGAAAAAUCAUUGAAAGUUAUUCAGUCUCACUUCAUGUAGAAGAUUCAGUCUGUAAGUGUUAAUUAUUUUUGUCACCUGCGGUCUUAAGUGACCUGUUAUCCCUUAAAUCCGGGCUGUCGUCAUCACCACAUGUGAAGCAUUACUGAAGUAAAAAAAAAAAAAAAAAAAACUGUGACAACAAAUGCAGAUGUUAUCACUGUAGAUAUCACUGUCACAAAAACAAUGGAGGAAUAAUGAGAAGCGGAGGGAGAAAAGACAGGGGGAAGUGGGGCAGCAAGCGGCGAUGGAGUCUGCAGAUUUAUGAGAAGGUCACAGCAAGGACGUGGCAGCGGCUAAAUCCUGAUGGACCUUGCUGUUGGAGGGGCCUGAGCCAGCACUGUCGCUGGUGGCGGUUUCAGAGCCCCAGAGCUUUAUUUUUAAAACAUAUGACGGGCCAGAAGCAAUAUUCUUUGAGAGAACCCAGAAUUCAUUCCGACGCCUCUGGUCGGAGCGAGGGACCCGCAGGGAAACACUGCACAUGCACAUCGAUCAACCCAACCUGAUCUCACAUUCAGCAUCAUUCACCGUGUCCCUGCAGAGAGGACUGAUUCUGCUUUGUUUAUGCUAUAAGUUGAACAAGUAUCUUUAUGUUGAAAUACACGUAAAAGCUAAAUAAAAAAAUACAUAUUGUGCCAUUAUAUAAGAAAAUAAAUAUAAAGAGUUUUAAAAUGAAGUGCAAGGUGGCGAUGUGAACACUGGCUUGAGAUAUAGAAAUAAAAGGAACUGCUUCGUACAGUACACUGCAUAUACAUAGGAAAUGAUAAGAUAGACCUGCGAGGAUAGGUGCCAAAAAUAUGGAAGAAACUCUGCGGAUGAUCCUUUUAUGAGCUAUUCCAUUAAUAGAAGCAACCAGGCUGCUACUCCACACCCCAAAAUAUAAUUCCCCCAAAUAUAGAUUCUGCUAUUUCCUCCCCCUUAAAAAAAAAAAAAAAAAGGACAGGAAUCCUUCAGGAAGUUGCUUCUUGCAGUCUGACAAACUUAAAACAAAGUUCUCUACUUUAACUUGCGUAGAUAAAGUAACACUUUGUUCAGAUGAGCAGACGUGUAAGACAGCGCUCAGCCACGUGGUGCAUGAGGUAGGAAAGUUUCCAUUUGGGUCACAUUAGAAACCUGCAUGGCGAGUUUGUAGUUUGACGUGUACAAACCUGCUACGAGCUUCAGUCUCUUCCUUCAUUAGGUCCUGAAUCACUGCAAGAGCAGCUUUGAUAUGAGGGGAAAAAACUCUGGCCGUAUUGGGUUGAACUUAAGUGUGCCAUUAAUUAAAAAAAAGAAAAGGGGGAACUCCAAAUAAAUGUUUUAAAAAAUGGCUGUAAGGAAAAAGUUGACAUUUUCUAUGUAGAUGUAUAGUUUUUAUAGAGUCCACAGCUGAACUACAAAUAGUUCAAAUCAUGGCUUUGUUUUCUGCAAACCCAGUGUUGUAUCACGACUGAGCCGAUAGAUUACGAUCACUAUAAGUGACAUGUGUAGACACACCUGUGAUAUCUCGGUGUCUGGCCCUCGUCUGCUAUCACUGUUGAUGUGCUGUGAUACAGCUGCACUGACCGAGUCCACACACGGUGUCGUACAGUCCUGACAAUCCUGAAACCACCCUCCGUCUCCACUGGACAUUUACGUCAAUGAAAAGAAAAUUACCCUUUUGUUGUUACAGCCGAGUUGCCACAAUUAGUGAUUUAUACGGGAGCAUUUAACGUGGAUUGCCUUGACGGAUCACGCCGGCACGAAACAGGGUCUGGUCAGAUUUGUCUCACUUUGUCUCACUUGUAACAGAUAACGACUGGACGGACGCAGCGGAGUGGACAACUCGUGAGUCGAUAAAGGUCAAAGGUUGUGGCAAAUGAGAUUUAUUAGCAGGAGAGAUAUUUGAUUCUUUCCCAGUUCACAUUCUUGUAUUACAUGUGACUAUUAAACUGAAGGAAAAUCAAUGAAUCCCAAUAAAUGCACUUGUUUGA